AUGGACAAUGACUGGGAUCUAUUUGCGGUGGUGAAAAGCUGCACCGCUGCUGCCUCCACCACCACCACUCCGGAUAACAACAUUAGCAUGUCACCUGCAGAAGGCCCUUUUCUUAGUUCUGGCUCUAUGUCCACCUUCUUAGAUGAUGAUACUUCUUUUGUUUUUCCUAGCCUUAAGGAAGACAGACCAGAUGGAGCUUUCGAGGGCUUAGAAGAAUUCUGCAAAGAAUUCAGCAUCGAUAUGUCCCUGGCUGCUGCUGCCUCGGGAAUGACCGUCACCACAACAAAACCCUUUCCUGUUGGUCAAGUGUUCCAAAACCAACAGCAGAUUCAGUUACAACAAGGAAUUUAUCAAAUGCAACAACAGCACGGAAAUUUACAGAUGCCGGCGGAGAAUCCUAUAAUUCGUUCUUCUCCCAGAAUUCGAAAGACGAAAUCUCAGCCCAGUCGACCCCGUAAAAGGAGAAAUCAGCAGAAAAUGGCGGUUCGAAUAAUGACACCAGAGGAAAUCUAUGCUGAUUCAUGGGCAUGGCGAAAAUACGGCCGAAAGCCUAUCAAGGGAUCCCCGUAUCCAAGAAACUACUAUAGAUGCAGCACCUCAAAAGGCUGCGCUGCAAGGAAACAUGUGGAGAUAAACCCUACAGAUCCGGACCUUUUUGUGGUGUCCGACUUUGGUGAACAUACCCAUCCUCGGCCGAACCAACGGAACUCUUUCUCCAGAAGCACUCGGACCAGGUUGAUUUCUCCGGCCACCACCUCCAGCGAGCCAAGCACUAACACAAAUAUUCCUAUAGGUCUUCCAAACUCUUCAUCUUCAUCACCGGCUUCCAGCUCCAGCUUUUCUCCAAAUACACCACUCGUGGAAGGCCAAAACCCCGCGCAAAAUGAAUAUAUCGAGAUGGUGGAGGAGCAUGUUGAAGUUGAAUAUGAAGACGAAGAUGAAGAUGUCGAGAUGGUGGAGGUCCUGGAGGAGCAUGUUGAAGUUGAAUAUGAAGAUGAAGAUGAUGAUAUCUUGAUUCCAAAUGUUUCAAUGUCAGAAGAAAUAUUCAGAGGGUUUCGAGAGCUAGGCGUGAUUAAUAAUGGAUCUGCUCACUCAAGUGAUUUGCAAACACAGCCCUGGACUUCCACCAGCUCCACCUCAACCUUCAAUGCCAGCGGCAACAGCAGUGGCAGCGGCGGUAGCGGUGAUUGA